UUGGUUUUUCUCUAUAUUGAGGUAAAGUCUGAAGGUAUUAAGUUUUAUGAGGCUGUGGCAAAACGCAGUAUACAUACAGUAUGGAAAAUUGGCUAGUACCCUGACGCUAAAAUCCGCCAUCUUGUUAGGAAGCGCCGCAUUGUAAUAGUAUUGAUGGUAGUUUCGGAUCACUUUGAUGAUCCGGAUCAAUUGAUCUCAUUCACUGCCACGAGCCAAUCAGAAGACCAGGAUUGGAACUUUCCAAGGUCACGUGACUUGUUUAGUAUUUGCAUCAUGUAAAAAGCAUUGGUUAGAUUACAAGUUUCCAUUAUGUACCUAUUCUGUGGCAAAACUAGCAAAAGCAAAUGGCAAAGUUGCAACGCCAACGCAAAGUAGAUUUUCGAUUUUCUGGUGCUCUCUAAAUUUGUGCCCAUAAUUUUAGUAUACGGUAAUAUCAAUUGUUUUUUUAGUAAUUGUUCAUUUGAUUUACAAUGCAACCAGUUAAUCACAUCUUCACGAUAAGCAUCCCAAAUUACCUGACUGGUCUUCCAAUACCCGAUCAUUUUACUGGUUGGUUUAGGUUAGGAGUCAAGGAUUGGGCUAAAUUGAUUCCAUUCUUCACAGUUGUAGGUGGGCUUUCUUAUUCAGUCUACAAAACUGUUGAGCCUUAUGCCAAUCCAAAAGCAAGGAAAGGACAAAUCAACCCGUCCAUCAAGAAAGAUGAGGCCAAGGUGGUGGACUGUCACUCGAUCGAGGAGAUAGGCGACAAGGCUGCCUUCUGCCGGUGCUGGCGCAGCAAGAAGUGGCCUUACUGUGACGGCUCGCACGGCCCCCACAACAAGGAGACCGGCGACAAUGUCGGCCCAGUUGUCGUUUCCGCCAAAAAAUAAUAACUCGAAAACUAUUAGAAAUCUUUGCAAUUAUUAUUUCAUAGUUAUCAGUUUACUCAUUUUAAAUGUGUUUUAGCUUAAUUAAUUCCAUUACUGUUAAUUGGAAGUAAUAUUGAAUCAUCAACAUUUCUAUUCAAGAUAAUUUGUCGGUGAUUUCAGUAGAAUAGAUCACUUCUCAACUCCAUAAUAUGUAAUAGUAAGGACUGUUUAUUGAGUGAUCAAGUCUAAUAAUACUGUGUCAGGAAAUAUGUAUAAUUAUACCCAUGUAGAAUACUAUUUAUAUUAUACAUAUUUUAUCAUACAUAAUAACUGUCAUGUAUGUAGUUGUUACUAUGGAAAAGGAUAACAGGGUAAAAAUUCAGCGGAAAAGUUCAUAGCAUAUUGGUGUGACACAUCCAAUUUUGAAAUUAUAUUCUUUGUUCUUACAGUAUUUCAAAUUUGGACUUGGAUUUUCUGUUACAAGUGAACUUGAUUUAGUGGAAAUUCUGUCGCUUCUAAAAAAUACCAACAGUCUCAAUUCAAUACUCUUUCCCAGCAAUGGUCAUAACUACUGCUGAUUCAUAAUAAUCUAUUUUGUUGAAUGAACGUAUGCGACUGAAAUUUUGUUCUUUAUAAUAUCUUAUAAAUUUCAAAAUCACAUUCUAGAUCUAUGCAUUUUAAAUCGUUUGUAUUUAUGAAGAUACCUAUUCAACUACUUUGUUAAUUAUUAGCCAGUUUGUUAAUACUUUGUCCAAUACAUUUUAGAAAUCGUAAAACGAUUUAUCAUUGUAUUGUGGUAAAUUAUUUGAUUUUUUGCGUAAACAAUCACAAAUUGUUGGAAUGGAUUGUUGAAAGUAUGUAUUUUAAUAGAAAAUUGAAAUGUUGACUAAAAAGCUUAAUAUGAUAGCGUGGGGAAGGUGAAUAAAAAUUUUUUGUUGCAAUUAUACAUCUUUCAAUUUCGUCUAUUCAUUCAAUUCACAUCUGAAAUAUGGAUUCAAAUUUUCUGUAUUGUAGUAAAUGUAGAUAUUAAUGAUAUUUUUUCCUCCAACUAUCUGCAGUAUUAUUUAGAUUACAGAAAAUGCAGAUGCUCUAAAAUUAAGAAUUUAUGGGUGACUAUUAAAUUUUAUCACCAAUUGUAA